AUGGCGCAACAGCCAAACCAACCGCUCUUUGGCAUCGUCCCAGCCGGACAGCCACUUAUCACCGUACCCUCCUCCCAACCUAGCGCCACAUCCUUCUUAUACGCGAUCCCACACCCCGCGCCCUCCCCCGCUAACCCCACCCCGAAACCCUUCGCCCACCUCGCCGUCUUCCUGCUCCCCGGCGUUGCCCUCCCCGACGGCACUGCCGCCGCUAUCUACGUCGCGCUGAAUCCAACCGCCCUAGCUAGCGGACAAGAGGAGCCUAACUUCAAGUUCCUGGGGGGCGUGGGACCCGGCAAGGAGAGCGCCGUGUUCAAGCUCUCUCCACCUUCAUCUUCUUCUUCCUCCUAUAACCCCGAGGGCGUGAUAAUCGGGAUCGGCGUAGAGGACGCAUCAUCUGUAGCCGAGCGUAUCCAGCAGUUACACGCGACGGACUCUAGCAGCGGACACACGACGCUACAACAGCAGCAGCAGCAGCCGUCGACGCAGAUCUUAGCACAACGCAUAAUACAAAACGCAUUCAACUUCUUGGCCGGGUUCAGCGGGAAGGUGGGCACCGAAGGCGUCGAGGUCGUGCCUCUAAAGGCCUUCCAAGAGUGGUGGCGCAAGUUUGAGAAUAAGGUCCGGAACGACCCUACGUUUCUCGAAAGGGAGCAGGAUUAA